AUGGAAUUAGAAUGGGAGGAUGAUAUUGAAAGGAAUACAAUUGAAGAAGAGAACACAGUUGAAGAAGGAGUCAUAGAGGAAGUUGAAAUCAAUUCACCAGCUGUUGCAGCAGAGUUACUAGCAAGGGAGGGCAGAAAUCGAUAUCCACCUGUAUGGAUGGCAGAUUAUGCUUCUGGUGAAAGCUUGUGUGAAGAUGAUGAAGCAAACAUGGCAUUUUUGAUGAUAUCAGAUCCUGCAAACUUUAAGGAAGCUAUAGGAGUGAAAUGGAUUUACAAAACUAAGCUGAAUGAGCUUGGAGAAGCUGACAAAUACAAAGCAAGAUUGGUGAUGAAAGGCUACACUCAGCAAUAUGGAAUUGAUUAUACAGAGGUUUUUGCACCUGUGGCUAGAAUGGAUAUUGUGAGAAUUAUCAUAGCUUCUGUUGCUCAAAAAGGAUGA